UUAGCCCGUUUACUUGGAAUUUACCUGAGACCUCACUCGGGAAGCCUGAAUCCCUAAAAAGGCUAUUGUCGAUUGUAAACCGCAAGGAGAUGUACUCUUUUUUUAUUAAUAUUCCCUGUCCUGCUCCAGUUUCAAUCACAAGAGAAGAAGAAGUCGAAAGGUGGAUGUAACCUUGCAGAGAUUUUUUUUUGUGGUGAUUUCUGAGAUAACGUUAAUUGUUGGCUCUGCUUCAGAAGUGUAGCUUGUUGGAACACAAUGUCGCCGAGAUUACAGUUGUAUGCCAUUUGUUGGUGCUUAACAGGUAUUUUGGCUUCCUACGCACAAGAAUGUGGCCGACCAACAAUAGUUACGAACAGGAUUGUGGGAGGGAUCGACGCCGAAUACGGGGCUUGGCCGUGGCAGGUGGAUAUACAGACAGUCAGUGGUGGUCACAUCUGUGGAGGCUCCAUCAUCACAGAGAGCUGGGUCCUAUCAGCCGCUCAUUGUUUCCCCAAUCCCGACGACGUGAGCUCUUACACCAUCUAUGUUGGCCGACACCAGCUGAAUGGCAUCAACCAGCACCAGUCUUCGCAUUUUGUGAGACGGGUGGUGAUCCCGACCGAUUACAGAAAUCCUCAAGAAGGGAAAGAUAUGGCGCUGGUGCAGCUGUCCAGCCCAGUAACGUGGUCAGAUUAUGUCCGUCCCGUCUGUUUGCCGGCCUCUGGCACCCUGUUCUCAGGUGGCAUGCUGUGCUAUGUCACCGGCUGGGGGAACGUGCGAAAUGAUGUACCUCUGUCAGGUGUCGGGACUCUGCAGGAAGUGAAGGUUCCAAUCAUCUCCCAGAGUUCAUGUCAGGAGAUGUACCAGACAAACCCGAAGGAGACUGUGGACAUUCUGUAUGACAUGAUCUGUGCUGGAUACCAGCAGGGCGGCAAGGAUUCCUGCCAGGGUGAUUCAGGAGGGCCCCUUGUCUGCCAGAUGGUAAAUGAGACCUGGGUGCAGGCUGGAGUGGUGAGUUUUGGACAGGGCUGUGCUCUCCCAAACCAACCAGGUGUUUAUGCUCGAGUGACCACCUUCUCGAGCUUCCUCAGAAACACAAUACCAGAGAUCCGUCUGUAUGGACGAGCUAAUCGGAAGUGGUGUGGGAGGGCUGCCAUGUUGGUCAGCUGCCUGUCCACUCUACUGAUUCUGCUUCAGAGGUAGAACCCUGAGAACUGGAUUACUGGGAGGUCGAACGCAAACCAAGCCAAGUGAAGGAUGAGAUUAAUUAUGUCUGACCUGUGUCCAACAUUAUCCUGAAUAGUAAAACUAGAAAACUGGACCUGAUGUGCACAUGAAGCCAUAUGGAACCUACACUGUAAUAUAAUCUUUUAGAGCUAUAACUUUGCAUCAUGAUCUUUAAAAAUAAAUAGUUUUGAUAUUUUUGUACUUUAAAUCAGAAUUAUGAGCUUAAUAAGUGAUUAUGAGCUAAAUAAGUGAAUUAUGAGCUAAAUAAAUAGUCAUUUGAUUCUUAAAUUCAGUGCUCUGUUCAACUUCUGAUUGCUGAGUUUGGAAAUGUUUUACUAGUAUCGUGUUGUUUAUGUAUCAAAGCUUCAUUUGUGUCUUUUGUAUCCGCCUCUAGGACACCCACUUUCAAUUUUAAGUACUUUGAACAAUCAAUUACAAACCUGUUUUUUGGAACAAAUAUGACCUAUUUUUCAGUACACAUAUCUGUAAUGUAAAUUAUUUGAGCCUUGUUAGUUCAAAUGUUAUUGUUUAAAAUUAAAGUAAUUUUAAAAAGGCCUCACAGAGCCUUAAUCUGUUU